AUGAUUGCCCUUUGCUGGAGCCGCUCCUGCUCCCCGCUCUGCCUUGCUCUCUGUGCCUUUGGGAUGGUUCUGCUGUGGAAUUCGUGCCGGGCUCUGCCCAUGGAGGAUCAGGAUUACUACCUGCAGGAGAUUAGCAACAGGGAUCACUAUUACUCCUUUCCAUAUCCCGGUGAAGACUAUUCCCCUUUCACGGAGCAGCCUGGGGAGGAAGGAACGCACCGUGCUGCCGACACGGAGGAGGAGCAUCCAAGGUUCAAACCAAGCAGGAAAGAGUUAAAACCGAAGAAAAGCAGCAAAAAAGGAAAACCUAUUCUCGAACCACCACCAGAUUGUCCUCCACUUGGUUUGGAAACAUUAAAAAUUACUGACUUCCAGCUCCAUGCUUCCACCGCAAAGCGAUAUGGCCUUGGGGCCCACAGAGGAAGGCUGAAUAUUCAGGCAGGUGUUAAUGAAAAUGAUUUUUAUGAUGGUGCUUGGUGUGCAGGAAGAAAUGACCCGUAUCAGUGGAUUGAAGUAGACGCUCGAAGGCUAACAAAAUUCACUGGAGUUAUCACACAAGGAAGAAAUUCUCUCUGGUCGAGUAACUGGGUGACCUCUUACAGAGUAUUGGUGAGCAAUGACAGCCAUGCAUGGACUGUUGUCAAAAAUGAAUCUGGAGAUGUCAUUUUUGAAGGAAACAGUGAGAAAGAGAUCCCAGUUCUCAAUAUGUUGCCGGUACCGCUGGUUGCACGUUAUAUCCGUAUAAACCCUCGAUCAUGGUUUGAAGAAGGUAGCAUCUGUAUGAGACUGGAAAUCUUAGGGUGUCCUCUGCCAGACCCAAAUAAUUAUUACCACAGAAGAAAUGAAAUGACAACCACAGAUAAUCUUGAUUUUAAACAUCACAACUACAAAGAAAUGAGACAGUUGAUGAAAACUGUGAAUAAAAUGUGUCCGAAUAUCACAAGAAUUUACAAUAUUGGGAAAAGCAACCAAGGACUAAAGUUGUAUGCUGUAGAGAUUUCUGACAACCCUGGAGAACACGAAGUUGGUGAACCAGAAUUCCGGUACAUCGCAGGAGCCCAUGGGAAUGAAGUGCUUGGACGGGAGCUAAUCCUUCUGUUAAUGCAGUUCAUGUGCCAAGAGUACCUGGCUGGGAACCCGCGCAUUGUCCAUCUCAUUGAGGAUACCAGGAUUCACCUCCUUCCUUCAGUCAACCCAGAUGGAUAUGACAAGGCAUAUAAAGCGGGUUCAGAAUUAGGCGGCUGGUCUUUAGGGCGAUGGACGCAGGAUGGCAUUGAUAUCAACAAUAAUUUCCCUGAUUUAAACUCGUUGCUCUGGGAUUCUGAAGACCAGAAGAAGAAUAAAAGGAAAGUCCCAAACCAUCACAUUCCCAUUCCAGACUGGUACCUGUCAGAAAAUGCCACAGUGGCAGUUGAGACACGAGCAAUCAUAGCAUGGAUGGAAAAAAUCCCCUUUGUGCUCGGUGGCAAUUUACAGGGAGGAGAACUGGUGGUCGCCUACCCCUAUGAUAUGGUUCGUUCCAUGUGGAAGACCCAGGAUUACACACCCACCCCGGACGACCACGUCUUUCGCUGGCUGGCAUAUUCCUACGCCUCCACUCACCGGCUGAUGACGGACGCGAGGAGGAGAGCGUGUCACACUGAGGACUUCCAGAAGGAGGAUGGCACCGUUAAUGGGGCCUCAUGGCAUACAGUGGCUGGAAGCAUAAAUGACUUCAGCUACCUGCACACAAACUGCUUUGAGCUAUCCAUCUACGUAGGCUGUGACAAGUAUCCUCACGAGAGUGAGUUGCCUGAAGAGUGGGAAAACAACCGCGAAUCUCUGAUAGUCUUUAUGGAACAGGUCCAUCGAGGCAUCAAAGGCAUUGUGAAAGAUAUACAUGGCAAAGGAAUUCCAAAUGCUAUUAUUUCUGUAGAAGGUGUCAACCAUGACAUUCGCACAGGGAGCGAUGGGGACUACUGGCGCCUCCUCAACCCGGGGGACUACGUGGUGGCCGUGCGAGCCGAGGGCUACACGGCGGCCACCAAGGCCUGCGAGGUCGGCUACGACAUGGGGGCUACGCAGUGCGACUUCACCAUCUCCAAAACCAACCUCGCGAGGAUCAAGGAGAUCAUGAGGAAGUUCGGGAAGCAGCCGGUCAGCCUGUCCAUGCGGCGGCUCAGGCAGCGGGCUCGGCAGUGGCGCCAGCGGAGAUAG